AUAUCUUUUAAGACUCACAAUUUCAUCAAGAAAUUAAUCCUAUCUGACUUUUAUUCAACAUGACGGUUUCGUUUCUUUCCGCUUUGUUCUUCCUAACAACAAUUGCGAUUUUGCUGGAUAAUUAUCGUGUUGGAGCUCAAGCUCAGUCACUUCAAACAGAUUUGGUAAAACAGUUGAUGAGCAAUUACAGCCGUGAAGUUCGUCCGUGGAACGGAAACAGUCCUACCGAAAUCACACUAGAUGUCGCCCUUAUUAAACUCGUCUCAGUGGAAGAAAAAACAGAAACAUUGACCACUAACAUUUGGAUACGAUUGUAUUGGAAAGAUGAACGUUUAUCGUGGAAUAAAACAAAGUUUGAUGGAUUGUCGAAGAUUACCCUCAAGCAUGAUAUGGUUUGGAUACCGGACAUUGGUCUUCUUAACAGAGCCGAAGGCAGCGAUGAAAUCGGAAGUGUUGAAACACGCUUACGUCUUCAUGAUGAUGGAAACAUUACUUGGUUGAUACAAACUAUAUACAGGAGUUCUUGCAGUAUUGAUAUAUCUUAUUUUCCAUUUGAUGAUCAAACAUGUCAACUGAUAAUUGGAUCAAGAACAUAUAAUAAGAAAGCAUUAAAGAUCGUACCGAAGAAUCGACAUGCAGAUAUCAAGCAAUAUACCGUACAUGGCGAGUGGACAUUACUUGGAACCAGUGCUCUCCAAAAAUCUGUGGAAUAUUCUUACAGUGAUGAGGAAUAUUCUACAGUUCGUUUUUACUUUUAUUUACGAAGACAAACAUUAUACUACAUGAUGAACUUCAUUGUUCCAUGUGUAUUGAUCGCUGUUCUAACUGUCCCUGUAUUGCUAUUACCUCCUGAAUCACAAGAAAGACAAUCAUAUGGUGUAACAGUUCUUCUUUCAUUCACGAUUCUUAUAAUGAUGCUUCAGGAAAAAGUACCACCUACAUCCAAAGUUUAUCCAAUGAUCGGUGUUUACUAUGCAUGUACUAUUGUUCAAGUGUCACUCGCAAUGGGAAUGUCAACUGUUAUGUUGUGUUUCUAUCACAAAAGACCAUGUACAACUCCUAUCCCUAAAUGGGUCAAGGUUAUUGUACUCAAAUGGUGCGCUAAACUGGUUCGUAUGGAGGAUUCCGUUGAGAAAGUUAAACAAAAACUUUACGGGACAAGUUGGAAGCAAGUUGCCAUCCGUAAAUCUCGAACAGAAGAAACCUGUGGCAUGAAGGGGAUCACAGAACACGUGUUUAACAAACAAGAGGAAAGUGUUCGACAAGAAGAAUGGCGCAUCGCUGCGUAUAUCGUCAAUCGAUUCUUUGCUUGGGUUUAUCUCUUUACAAUUGUUCUGACAUUUUUUGUUGUGUUUUUCAAAGCUCCUCGCACCAAGGAGGGCACGUUAUAAACAUUUCACGUUCAACUUCACUCGUUUUACGGUAAAUAAUAUACUCCAGGAUACCGCAAGGCAGGAAUGUCGCCUGUUCAACUUCUCCAUAAUUUUAAGUUUAUGCACAUAAAAACAUACUCACACAUGGGCACUAUUCGACUUCCUAGGAUUAGAACAAAUCAUUAGAGAGGUUACUGUAAGAUAACCAGGUUCCGGUGUACGGGUACGGAUAGCCUUAUUUUGUUCAACGAAUUUCCAUCAGUGUUUCUCAAUUUUUCGAAGAAUAACUCGACAAUUCUUUUCCAGUAGACUUCAUCCUCUUGAGGUAAGCAUGAUUUGUAUCAUGAAACGUGCAAACAACAAGAAAUUCCAAUGAACAAAUUAUAACUACCCGUACCCGUAUACCGGAACCAGGGUAUCUUAACCUCUCUAUUAAGUAUGGAACUUGCUUAGCAGGGGGGGAGAGGGGGAAUUUUAAAUUUUUCCGAAUACCUUAUUUUACCGCAUGGAAAAAUAUAAAACUCUCUAGUCUCUCCCCUUGAAAAUAACGAGGUUCAGAUUUUACUUCCACUACUACCACCACCACCACUACCAACACCACCACUACCACCACCACCACCACAACCACCACCACUACCACCACCACUACCACUGGCAUUGAAAGAAGAUGAACCAAUAAAGUGCGAUGGACCUGACUAACCACGAGCUCAAUGAUUAGCGGGAGGUAGUGGAAGUCAAAUCUGAAGCUCGCUGUUCAGAAAUCUUUGUGGUAUCCAAAGGCAUACCCUAUAGAUAUACCUUUUCGCAUGUCUGCCAGGUAUUUUCUUUGCACAUUGAACUAAAAGUUAAUUAGUCAACACGCAGUAGAACUAUUGCACAUUUGACUGUAGUUCACUAUUUAGCUAAAAUAUUAUGCUGUACAUAUAAAUGUGUUUUGUAAUCGUGUUUUUUAUACUUU